AUGUUGGCUUUUGCGCUAGUCGCGACAUCUAUCUGUCAACAGCCAGACUAUUACCAUGAUCUGCAUUUACCACACGAUCCGCCGCUGUAUCCAGUGUAUCAUGACGCCCCAGUCACUCAGUUCAGUUGCGCUGGACGAACCAUAGGAUAUUAUGCUGAUGUAGAAUCCGGGUGUCAGGCUUUCCACUUUUGCUGGCAUCAGCGUGUAAUUAGCACGAAGCUCUGUACAAAUGGCACUCUUUUCAAUGAACAAUUUCAGGUAUGUGAUCAUUUUUACAAUGUACGUUGCGGAUCUCCAUAUGAAGACUUAUAA